CGCGCAAGGAGUUUUCUUAAUAGGUUCUUUAAUAAAUAUUUACAUUUAUAUUAAGAAAUAUUUACUUACAAGUUGAAACUUUCAAUAAAAUACCAGUACAUUAAAUGCAUUAACGUGUUAUCAGAACUGUCAAGUAACUUUUAAAAUAUGGCAGGAAAGAAAAGACCAGGACUAAAAGUAAACCUUGGAGGAGGAAGCAAUCAGGAACCAGUGACUCCACCGAGGAAUUUAGACAAAAGAACUACAAUAACAGUUGAUGACAGAGUUUUUGAAGUUGAAGCAGAUGACUUAGAAGUAAUUUGUGAACUUGGACGAGGAGCGUACGGUUUUGUAGAAAAAAUGCUGCAUAGACCAAGUAGAACAGAAAUGGCUGUCAAGAGGAUAACACUAACUGUGAAUACAGAGGAACAGAAACGAGUGUUGAUGGAUUUAGAUAUAUCGAUGCGAAGCAGUGCUUGUCCAUACACAGUACAGUUCUAUGGAGCUCUGUUUAGGGAGGGUGAUGUAUGGAUUUGCAUGGAAGUCAUGGAUACAUCUUUAGAUAAAUUUUAUCCAAAAGUGUAUAAUGUGGGAGAAAGUAUCCCGGAAGAAGUACUUGCAAAAAUAGCUUUUUCAGUAGUGAGUGCUUUGCAUUAUUUACAGAGUCAGUUAAGGGUCAUCCAUCGAGAUGUUAAACCAUCCAAUAUUUUAAUUAAUCGAAGUGGGGCUGUGAAAAUGUGUGACUUUGGAAUUUCAGGUCAACUUGUGGAUUCACUUGCCAAAACAAUUGAAGCUGGGUGUAAACCUUACAUGGCGCCAGAAAGAAUAAAUCCUGACGCUAAUCAGCAGGGUUAUGACAUACGAUCUGAUGUUUGGAGUUUAGGAAUAACAAUGUUUGAACUUUCAACUGGAGUUUUCCCUUACAAGCCUUGGGGUACACCUUUUGACCAAUUAAAACAAGUAGUUAAAGAUGAUCCUCCACGCCUUCCUAGUGGCAAAUUCUCCAAGGAUCAUGAAGAUUUUAUCUCUCAGUGUUUGCAGAAGGAUUACAGGAAAAGGCCCAAUUAUCAAAUGCUGCUGCAACAUCCAUUUAUAUCAUCAGAUUCUACUCGCAAUUAUGACAUCGCAAAAUUUGUUUCAUUUGUGUUGAACCUUUAUGAACGAGUGCCUCAAUUGAGUUCUCAUUCUUAG